GAUAACAUGGCGUCCACAGUGAAGAGUUGGAACAUGCUUUUCCGUAUUAUUUCAUAGAAUUUUCGUUUUUUAAGCAACUAAAAUGGAAGAGGUGCAAGUUAAAGAUGAAGAAAAAGCAAUGCCCGCUUCUGGAGCGUCAGCUUCGGACACGUUCUGUCAAACAAUGUGCGGAAUGAUUUCUCAGAAGGAUGUUGAUAUCAUUCAAUCAAUGCAAUCAGAGACACUAUCAAAGUUCGAGAAAACCAAUGAAAAGUUUGACAAAUUCAAUCGAUUGUCAGCUGAACGCUACAACAGGCUGCACAGUCAUUUCCAGAACCAUACCAAGAUGUUACUUGAYAUGAAAAAAGAUUUGGAUGUUGUGUUUAGAAGAAUAAGAAAUUUGAAGAUUAAGUUGACAAAGCAAUAUGGAGAUGCUUUUAAAGCGACAGCCAAAAGUAUCCAUGAACUAGAGGAAGAGCUUGAAGCACUGCAAUCAGGAACAGGGCACAUAGAAGAAAAGCCACAAACAAAMUCACAACUUGAACCUGAAUAUACCUCUGCUGUUGGACAAAAUACACCUACACAACARAAUACACAGAGACAAAUCACUGGUGGAAAUCAAGCUGCAGGAACUAGUGCUUCCAAAGAGGAGAGUUCAACUCAGAAAAAUGAACAAGAACAGAAUGAAAGUCAGGAAAAAAAGGCAGUUUAYAMAACAAAGCUUAAACCACAGUUGAGUAGCAGCGAUGAAAGUUACGGCACUGAGAGUGACRAUGAUGAUAGUGAUGAUAAAGAUAGCAGUAACAUAAAUCCAUCUAAUGAUGGCAAUAAUAAAAUUGAAAACAAGUCAGGCCAGGAAGAUAACACUUCAUCCAGCCAUAAUAGUAAACAAAACAGUGAUAUGUCCACUCGGCAGCAUAAUUUACAGGAAACAUUUUCCAGCUCAGAUGAAAGUCUKGAGUCAGACUCUGAUGUUGACAACAGUAAUGAACAAUUAGAAUUUGAAACACAGGAAAUGAAAAAAAGUGAAAUGCAGGAGAAUAGAGGACAAUAAGGAUCUGAAGCCAAACCUUUUUAUACACUGAUAAUGAACCGUGAAUUGGGUAAAUUGACAAAACCAAACACCAAAUUACAAGUUUAAGAGCAAAUUUUUCUGUUUGCCUUUAAUUUCAGGUAUUGAGAAUUUAGUACAAAAUCUUUUUAUUUUUAACAUUUGUAUAAAAUACAUGCAAACAUAUUUCCUAGAUUUUUGAUGGUUACCAAGACUACUAUUAUUGUGAGGGUUUGUCUGGUUAUCGUCUGGAUAUUGUUUUAAAUGCCACUUAAAAUGAUUUAAUUAAGAACAAUAAUACAUUCAUGGAUAUUCAGAUGCUGAGGAUGUAUUUAAGGGCAUUUUAAGCAUUACCAGGAAACCAGACAGUGCUUUUGCGACAGCAAGGUACUUGUAUAUUGAAGCUGAUUAUGAAACUUGUUGAAAAACAAUUAUAGUACCCAAGUAAAGGCCCAUGAAACAACAGGCAUUAGGGCUCUACUAGUCAUUUGGGACUCCUGUGUCAAGGCCACCAGAAGAAGAAAAAAAAAACAUGACAAAUGUGAAAUCCAGUUUUUCUGGUCAAACUGAUUUUUCAUGGAGUAUCUUUAUGAGAAGCCAAUUUGAUAAUAUGUCUAACCUGCUAUUUACCAUGAAUUUAUCACUGUAAUUCACUACACAAUAUCACAAAAUUGCAUUAAGUUUCCUGGCCAAGUACCCUUACUAUUGUUACAAAUCCUCAAAACUAUAUAUAAAAUUUACACAUUAAUAUAUCUAUUGAUGUAAUAAAAUUACAAUUAAUUAUA